AUGGCAUCCCGCAACGCUCUUAACAGCCCCGACUCCUAUACGGUCGCCUGGAUCACUGCUCUUCCUAUUAAGCGGGCCGCUGCAGAAGCUAUACUCGAUAAGCAACAUCCAGCUCCAACCAGCUUCAUUAGACACCAAACCGACGCGAACGUUUUCUACGGAACCACCUCGGCUGCGACCACCACCUUAAGCCUGCUUGCCUCUCUACUAUCCAUCCGUGUUGAUCUUUUGGUCGGCAUAGGCAGCGGCAUCGCUCGACCUGACGAGGGCCGCGAUAUCCGGCUCGGCGACGUUGUCGUAAGCCAACCUGGUAGGACGACGGGCGGCGUCUGCCAGUACGACAUGAUUAAGGCAAACUAUAGUGACAAGCGAGAGCGUAAAGGCUUCCUCGGGCGGCCUCUAGCGGUCCUCCUUAAUGCGCUUACCAGUAUCCAGGCCGAUCACGAGCGGAAAGACUCUAAGAUUCCCUGCUUCAUUCAAGAGAUACUAGAGAAGAACCCGAAGAUAAACAAGAGAUCCAAGCAAAAUCCUGGCUAUGCCUACCAGGGCUUCGACAACGACCGCAUCUUAAGGCUUCGUGCAGCUACGUCCCCGGCCCGGACUAUCGGGGCUGUGACACGGCUAACGAGAUUCAACGCGACCCUCGAGACACUACGGGACUAUCGCAUCCGACAACGCACUUGUCAGAGACGCCACUGUGCGCGAUCGGAUUAUUGCUAA